ACAAUGUAUUUAUAAUGGUAUUUGAUGGGACGAGCACUUAAGAAAACGAGUAAGGAUUGAAGCUCUGUGGAAAACUGAUCAUGUGUUGUUCAGAAAUGAAGAGAAAUGCAGCCAUCUGAAAUGGUCAUGAAUCCCAAACAAGUCUUCCUCUCGGUGCUGAUAUUUGGAGUAGCAGGGCUACUCCUCUUCAUGUAUUUGCAAGUCUGGAUUGAAGAACAACACACAGGGAGAGUGGGGGAGAAGAAGGAGCAGAAAGCAGCGUCAGGAUGGGGGCCAGUAAAUUACUUGCAGCCUGUACCCAGAAUCAUGACUAGAGAAAAAAUCCAGGAACAUAUCACCGACCAGAACCCCAAGUUCCACAUGCCUGAGGAUCCCAAGGAAAAAAAGGAAAAUCUUCUGCUUAACUCUGAGAGGUCUAGUGGGGUCUUAACAGAGACCAGUUCCUCCCAAGGCAAGGGUCAACCUUUGGGUAAGACCAUAGAGUCACCAACCACUAAGUUGACUGAAGAACAUCAAGGAACUAAGACCCUUUUCAAGAAGUUCAGAGAAAUGAGUUGGCCAUUGGCCAUUCGCCCUUUAAACAAAAGUUUAGUCAGAGACAACAAAUGGAGGAGGACUGAUGCCACCCAAGAGAGGCGCAGGUCUUUCCUUCGGGAGUUUUGCAAGAAAUAUGGUGGAGUGAGCCAUCCUCAAUCACAUCUUUUUCACAUGGUAUCUAGGAUCUACGUAGAAGAUAAACACAAAAUACUAUAUUGUGAAGUACCAAAGGCUGGCUGUUCCAACUGGAAAAGAAUUCUGAUGGUACUAAAUGGAUUGGCUCCCUCAGCAUACAACAUCUCCCACGAUGCUGUUCACUAUGGGAAACAUUUGAAAAAGCUCGACAGCUUUGACUUAAAAGGCAUAUAUACUCGUUUGAAUACCUACACCAAAGCUGUGUUUGUUCGUGAUCCCAUGGAAAGAUUAGUGUCAGCAUUUAGGGACAAAUUUGAACACCCCAAUAGUUAUUACCAUCCGGUAUUUGGGAAAGCAAUUAUAAAGAAAUAUCGGCCAAAUGCCUGUGAAAAAGCAUUAAAUAAUGGAUCUGGAGUCAAAUUCAAAGAGUUCGUUCACUAUUUGCUGGAUUCCCACCGCCCAGUAGGAAUGGACAUUCACUGGGAAAAGGUCAGCAAACUCUGCUAUCCAUGUUUGAUCAACUAUGAUUUUGUUGGGAAAUUUGAAACUUUGGAAGAAGAUGCCAAUUACUUUUUACAGCUGAUUGGUGCUCCAAAGGAGCUGAAAUUUCCAAACUUUAAGGAUAGACACUCUUCUGAUGAAAGAACCAAUGCUCAGGUCGUGAGACAGUAUUUAAAGGAUCUGACUAGAACUGAGAGACAAUUAAUCUAUGACUUUUAUUACUUGGACUAUUUGAUGUUUAAUUAUACAACUCCAUUUUUGUAGUUUGCAUUCAUUUUCUAAAACACUGUAUUUACUUCAUGAUGAUGGCCUUGAAUCAGCUAACUGUAAUUUUCCUAUAAUUCUCAGUAUGAGAGAAAUUUAACUAAAUGCAGUUGUCUUGAUUUAAUGAAGACUUUUACCAAAUAGUAUGACACCAAUUGGCACAAAGUUAUAGGAAAAUUACCUAAAAGAGACAUGCAAACAACUUGAGUUGCUCCAAAAUGUUUGGGAAAGAGCUGCUUUUGCAUUAUAGAUUAUAUUAUAGAAGCAAUAACCUAGCCAGCUGCUCCAUUAGCUACAACAGCCUCCCACAAUGAUAGGAAAAGGAAUCUAAAAUAGCGUGAGUGAAUGUCUACAUCCUGGAAUUUGUUGCAUAAAGUGCAUGGAUGUAUUUUUAACAGUCUGUGGCAUAUUAAUCAAACAUUGGAUAGUUUUUUUACACCCUGGAAAUCUUUCUAUCAGCUGCAAUGAUAAAUCAAUUGUGAAAUGAUAUUUUGGACCUAGGCAUUUUACUUUAAGUUGGAAGGCAUUAUGUGAUUUACAGUAUGGGAAUAUAGCAGAAAAAACAGAUGAGGCUAUAUGGCUUUUUAUAUUCAACAGCCAAUAAAAAAUACACAACGUGCUAAGAUCAAAGAAACAAAAACAACCUUCCUCUUCCAGGAAAACUUAAAGGAAUUGAUUCUGUUUUCUUUCGAGUCUCUCUAUACAGAGACAGAAUGAGCACAGCCACUGAAGGUCUUUGCUUCUGAAGCGGGCGGUUGAGAAGUUUAAGCUUCAUCAGAUGUAAAUGUGCUCCUAAUUCUGGUUUAAUUAGGCGGGGGCAGGGAGGAUUGUUUCAGGAUGGAAUAAUCAUCAGAAACAAAAGUUGCCACUGUGAAUAUAGACCUCAAACAAUAACAAAGUUUCAUAAGAAUAUUAUUUGAAUCAAAGCAUCAUGUGCAUAGCUUUAUAUGUGAAAUGUACUCUAAGAAUAGCUUUUGUUUUCAGUCUAAUUAUUCAGCUUGGGAAUGACUUCUUAAAAACUAAUACACCACUUCAAAGAUAGGUUAUGUUCUAGAGGAUAAACAUAACAAGAGCCCUAGAAACAUUUUUAAUAGGCUUAUGCAUAAACAAACUAAGGCAUUUUUAAGUUCGAAUAUUCUGUACUAACAAAGUCAAAUACCACUGCAUUCAAAUAUUAAAUCCAGGUCUUUGAAAAAUAAGAUCAUGUGUGACCUGUGUGAAAAGUUGUAAUGCAUUAAGAAAUUCUUUCCAAGGGACCCUAAAGUAGAAGACAUAUUUGGAUGGGAGACUUAUUUUAAUCAGUCAACUGAGUUAAGCAAGCCACAUGUCAUUUAACUCUUGUUUAAAUGCAUGUCUGGAACGUGUUUCUUUUCCCAUACCAUCAUUUUUUUUUGGACAGUAAAUACUCAGUAGUAUCUUUCAAAGAAAAGCAGGUAUUAAUAUUUGAAUAUUAAUAGACCAAGAUAGUUGCAAUUGUACUUAUUUCAUCUUGAUUUUUCGUAUCAUGGCUCAGUAUUCAUGAACUGCUAUAUUCUUUACACACACCUAUCCUAUCUGUGUCUCCCAUCGAGUGGGUAGUGACAAUGCGCUGUCAGAUCAUAAGUAUUAAACCUUCUAAACUAACCUUUUACUGCUUUUCUACUCCAUUAACUCUUGCCUCUAUACCAUACUCUUAAGCUGUGCUCUUUCUUUUUAAGGAGCUUUACUCUAGAGUAGUCCAAGUUGUAUAAUUUAAAUUUUGCUGGACCAUGUAGAGUGAAUUCCUAGUAACUUAGAGACAUUGAAAUCAUUUCUUUAUGGAGAAAGAGAGACUAGAAAAUAUGCUAAGAAGCCUGAAAUUUUACUCAUAAAUGACAAAAAACUAGUUUUAGAUGGGAUGUGCUGUAAAGUAUAGAGACAGUUUUGUCAAAGUUAUUCUAAUCAUAUAUAGAGCAAACAAAAAAAAAACCUUACUUUUCAUAACUGGAAAGAAAAAAUGGAAACAAGGGUCCUAUCUCUCUCAUUAACAUUUCUCAUGUGUUUGAGAAAACAUAAAGUGUGUGUGUGUGUGUGUGUGUGUGUGUGUGUGUGUGUGUGUGAUUAUUUGAAAUUGGGGAUAGAAAAGAGAGGUCAGAAGGAGAAAAUGAUGCACAAAGCUACUCUAUACCCUUUGCUGUAUGUGCCCCUUUCCAGACCCUUUCCAGUGAGCCUGUGAAUCGUAGGUGGCGCUUCAGUCACUUUCCCUAAAGGAACUCUCGGAGGCCAGCUGACGUCCUGCGUGGCUGUGAGUUCCGGGGGCCAUGUGUGUUUUUAUAAAGAAGGAGCACAUUCUGUAUGUAACUCUUCUUUCUUUUAAAUCACUUCUUUUCAUGUUAGGGCCCAAGAAGUUAGUCAUCAUCCUGGAGUCCUUAUGGUUUUAAAGACCUAUUCCAUUUGUCUCUCCUGAAUUAUUCCACGUUGCAGACCAGCUCAUGAUCGCCUCUGCCAUUUCUGCCUGGGUACAGACCCCGGGUGUGAGCAUCACUGCUCCUUUGGACAGUCACAGUCUCAUGGACUUAGGUUCCUAAAGGCAAGUGGCCAAAUCUAGACUCAUCUUCCAGAUGUCCAAUGUUCCCAUUUUAACAUCAUCAGCAUGCUGCAGGUAUAAUUAUCAGUCCUCUAAUUAAACCCUAAGAAUCUUAUUUGUUUUUAUAGGCAGCAGUAACAACCUGAGCAGGCCCCUUCACUCUAUUACUCCCUUGUCUGGAAUUACUGUUAGAGUAAUAAGUUGGCAGUUAAAUCCAAAACCACAGCUAUUUAACCCGGUAAACUACCUAUAGAUGUGCAUUACUGAUGUGACUGUGCUCAGACACGGCCAUAAAUUUCCAUGAAAAUGUAUGCUCAGGACACCCAGCUUUCUGAUCUUCUCACAUGUGUUUGAAACUAUCCGUUAAGUCAGUGGCAAUGUGAGGCCACUUGCUAAAUUCUCCAACUUCAGGGUCUAUAAAAUAUUAUCUAGCAAUUCAAGAACUCCUUGGACACCAGCUAUAAUUAGAAAGAGGAAAAAAGACUCUUAGACUUUAUGAGUCAUUAUUCUUCACAGAGGUGUUAUCUUCUAAAACACAUGGUGUUUGGCUGAAGGGAAUAUAUGUGCAGAUGCAGAUAAUUGUGAGUAUUAGAGGUCCCUUUGAAAGGAUCACUUCCGGCAUUAGUAGAAACUGGAAUUAGUAAGCUGGGGCUACAGUCAACACCUGCCUAACAGAAGUCCUCCUCUGUCCUCCUGGAGCGUCUUAGUCUCUAGGCCUUCGUGGAAUAUGACAGAGCAGAAACUUUGCCCAUGACUAACAUCCCCAACAUUCUCUGAUAUUUGAAGAAUGGUUGGCCAAAGGCCCUUAGUAGUAGCUCAACUGCCUGACAACCUUAGAUCAGGGCUAACUCAGGUUAGCCCUACUUUUAGGGUCAUACUUCCAAAAUCUCAGUCAUAACCAUGGCAAUAUUCAUUCUCAUAGCCAUAACCAAACAUUCGAUACUUAAGUGUUUUACAUGCAUUAAUUUAUUUAACCUCCAUAGUCCAUCUAAGUUAGGUGCUAUUGCCAGCACCUCACUACCACUAAUGUAUUAUAAAGGAAACUAAAGCAGAGUUUGGUUGAGUACUUGCCGAAAGAGACAGCUGAUAAUUGGAUAAGGAGGCAGGACAAGUAGCAAACGCCACCACUAGCUCUCAGAAUAUUAGGAGCUUAUGCAUUUUCCUUUCACUUUCUUUCACCUAUACUCAGAACAGGUAAAGGCAAGAAAUACCUUAGGCAUCUUGAAACUUUUUAAAUAAAAAUAUGGAUAUAGAUACAUGUGUGUGUUUAACUAGUCAGUUACCACAAUUCAAAUUUGUUUAUCACUUUAUUCCUGCUAAGUUAAACUGACAGAUUCAAAGAUUUUGUAAGAAAUUAGGUUUCCUCCCCCCCCCUUUUUUUUUUAUCCACGUUGAUCAUGAGACACAGUGUUUUUUAAGGGGGGGGAGGUGGGUUCCCUUGAACAAAUUUAGCCUAAUGAAAACAAAAUAUCAUUUUCACAAGAAAGUCUAGACACCUAUAGGUGUGGGCAAGGGCAAGGAGAAUACAGUCCAAGCGGGAGAGAGCCCAGCCAAUUUCCCCCACAUCAGCAUUUGAUAGCCAGCGAAGAUGGGCGUGGCUCAGCAAGUCAGACAACGUGAAAGCGCCACCACAGUUAGAAACUAAGCAAUUGUGCAUGGUCUCUUUCCUGAGUCCCAUCCCCAGUACUGGUUUACUUGUUAGAUUACCUAAAACUUACUCAGGGAGAUUCUAGAAAAGAAUAGAGGAGCAGAUCGACUUAAACCAACUGAAAAACACCAUGAAAAAAGUCAAGAUAAAUGAGUGUUCAGCUAGAAGACAGCAGAUUUCUCCUAAGCUUGGGGAUACCCUAUCUGAAGAAGGCAAGUCUGAGUUCAAUGAAAGGGUGUUGCCUCACAUCAUUUAGUUCUUAAAAUUGCCUAUUCAUUCAUAUCUUAAUUCUUCACUAAGAUCAGAUCCUUCCAAGAAAAUAUAUUGUCAGCAAUAAAUCCAUGUAAGCAAUCAUUUUCCCCAUCUCUAAGUCCCUGUUCAAGCCUUACACUCUAUUUGAAGUACUCUCUUCUUUCUCUAUCUGGACAUUCAUUUCAUGUUAACUCAUCAAGGAAUCUCUUUAGAUUAUUUAGUUUUGAAGUCUUACACUUCAUGAGCUCUCUGAUCAAUAGAAAAAGGCAAAAUGAUUUCCCCCUGAUGUGACUUGCAUCAGAUUCUUCUCUAACCAAUAGAUGCAAGCAUUCCUUCCCUUACUUUUGUUUUGCUUCAUUAAUUUUUUCAUUUCUUAUAUCCCUCUUCAUAUGAGUAUAAAAAAAUCUCUGUCGUCAUUGGAAUAUGUCUUAGGUCUUGCAGAAGGAAAGGAACUAUCUCUGUUUCACUCAUUUUGUACCAUUUCUAACAAAGCACUGCAUGGAAAGUUACUUUGAUAAAUGUUUUUGCUGACAUAGUUUAAAGCUUCCUCUAUAGCUUCUCUUCAUGUGUAAUGUACAUGUUUCUGCCUUAUGACUUUCAGACAUCUAUAGGACCAGUGGAUCUAAAGAGAAGGCACUGGGGCGGGGCAACUAAGAGAGGUGAUCUGAACCACAUGCCUUUUCUGUACUAGUUGUCAGUCACACCUAAACCUAAAAUAUAGCUGUGGAUGCAGUAACCUUUUGCAUUUCUAAGAUGAUGUAUUUGUUUAUUAAGAUUUGGGAGGUAAUGUUGAAAAAAUGCAUGAUUUUGGUUAAUAUAAAAGCCAUUUACUGAGCACUUACCAGGUAUCAGACACUGGUAAAAUACAUACAUUUAAUGACAUGAAGAGUAUGUCUAAUCCUUAUCAAAAAAAUGAAAGGUAUUAUUCCACCCAUCAUUUUAUGAAUGAGAAAACUGAGGUCAGAGAGGUUUAAGGACAGGCCCCAGAGCCAGCUUCCUGGCAAGAUCUCUCUGGCUCCAAAGCUGAGGCCAUAUCCAGCAGCCGACAGGUCAGAUUUGGCCACGGAUAUGUUUGGUUUGGCCUACAAUGCAUUGUAUUUAAUAUUUGAAUUAGUUGCCAACGUUUUAAAAUUGGAACUGUUUCAUCAAUGAUGGAGAGUUGCUGAUACCCUCAUCCUACCUGCCCACCUGGAAAUAGUUGGGCGGAUCUGAGGUCAGCUCAUUUAGAGAAGCCAGAGGCCUCUGUCUGUUCAUGCCCUCACCCAGCCAUCGUCACUCGUUGACCUUACCUGGCUGGCCCCUAAGUGUCCCACCUUCCAAUUCCUGCUCUGAAGUGUGUGUUCUUUCAUCCACCAAGCUUCCCAAGGAAAAGUGAUUCCUGGACAUUUUCUUUAAACAUAUUGAGGUCAUCACAUUCUGGGGUUCCGUAUCCACACUCAAAACGCUGCUUGUCUUUCGGCCUUAUACCCAGUGGAAUCGCCAAACAAUAUUUCAUUGUUUGAGGAAACCUCUUUUGACCAACAACAAAGAUGUUGGGAGAAAUCCAGUACCUUUCUUUGGCAUCCUUCUGUGUUGGGCCCUGGGUCCCCUGGCAACUACAUUUCUCCCCAAUCCCCUUCAGCAGAGAUGAGUCAUUCUCCCAAGCCCUCAGAACCUCAGUGGCCAGGGACAAAAACUGGUUCCCACUGAUGCAUCCGGACUGCUAUUCCAUAACUUGCCUUCAAAAACCGCUCCUGUUUUAAAGGUAUCCCUACCCGUCCUCAGCUCUGAAAAGUGUCUAGUUCCCACCUUUCUCUGAGGAUUUCCCUCCCUAGCUCAGAACACUUUUCUCCACCCCAUUCCUGCUACUAUCCUGGGCGACUUUAGCAUUCCCAACGACAGUCCACUAUCUUUGCUUCUAAAUGCUCUGUUGUCUUCCUCUUCCCACUUCAACAUUUAGGGGGCUAGAGAAAACAGAAACAUGGCCAUGGAAAACCAUAACAAUGACUCUUGUCUCCAAAGAGCCGAAAACCUGUGGCAAACUUUUUAAGACUUUAUUUUAUCCAUUCAUUUCCUCAGAGUAUUUCCAAAGUUUAGAAAAAUGUUCUUCAGAAAUAUUAUGAGCUGAGAUGUACUCAGAACACUGGAGGAAAUACCAACUCAAAAUGAUGGUAUUAUUAGGAUGAUUGUAAAAAAUUGUUCCCCGAUUUAGCUUGUCAAUUCCUCAAAAAAUAGUGCAUGAACUACUUGUAUGACAGUUAUCCAAAUUUUUGUUAAAAAUAGAUUUCUAUACCCCACCCAAGAUGUGCUGAAUCAGAAUCUUUGUGAAACCCAGCGGGAAUUUUCUUUUUUAACAAUCUCCUGGGACGAGUCUUAUAUACAGCAAAGUUUGAGCACCACUUAAGUGUGUGUGAUUUUUUUUUUAUCCUAGUUAAUUAUAAGAGAUAAUAAAGCCUGCUGCCUUCAUUUUGUUACUUUGUUGAAAAGUUAGACUCAGCUCAGAGACGGGUCACUGGGUAUUGGUCCCAAAGUCUUCUGGGAUUUUGAACAGUGUUGAACUUGGCAUCUGCUGUAUGCCAAAUGCAAGAACUAGAGCUGAAGUGAUGAAGUGAGUAAUGAGGACAGCACUGGGCACUGCCCAAACUUUUUGAAAGUUUUCAAGAUGAAAUAAGGAAGUGGAAACUUUCCCCUUUUGAAGCACAAAAGGCUAAAGGCAAUUUUGUACUGAAGGCAAUUUUGGCAACUCAGCUUCACAAUGGACAAAGUGAAGACCAAUAAAAAAUAAAAGCCAUUUUUCAAAUUGACCCGAGAUGAUUGAAAAUGGAAAAUAUUUCCUAUUUGAGUAAUUAGUUUGAAAGUAAGUGCUCCAAGAAAUAUUUUGCAAUUUAACUUAAAUGGUAAGAAUGUACAUUUUCUUGGACUUCAUUAAAGGAUUUGUCUCUUCUUGCCAUUCUGUUAAGAUGAGGCGUAUGACAUUGCCAACAUCUGACCAUCUCUGAUGAACAAACACAGCCCUUUCAGAGGGUUCCACUAAUAGUUCCCUGCUACCCCCCACACCCCAGUUCUAGCCACAAUAGCAUUGACCUGGACUAAUCUCCUAAUUCCUAAACUCAGCCCAAGCAGGCACUCCUUACCUCUGGUGUAGCUCGGAUGGCACGCCCUGCUCUGAGCACGCGUGUGUUACUGGGAAGCAGUGUACUAUGGAGGUUAAGAGCCUGGGGCUUCUUGUCAGUAAGAACUUGGUUUGAAUUCCACUUUUUCAACUUUUAAACUUUAGAAGGUUCCCAACUUACUUAACUUCUCAGAGUGCUGGUUUUUUCAUCUCAAAAAUAAGGGUAGCAAUACCGACCUUAGGAGGUUAUUGUGAGAAACAAAUGGGAAAAUGUUUGUAAAGUGUUUAAUAAGCGCUUAAUAAAUUAUAAGUAUUGCUGUUAUCCCAUUAGAGCCUGUGCAUAUUUCUAUCUUUACACUUAUACAUUCUAAUUAUUUAUAUAUGUGUCUGGUUCCUCCAGAAGACUGAAUUCCUUAUCUUGUUUAUCUUCGUAACCCCAGAGAAGGCACCUGUUAAAUACUUGUUGAAGAAACAAAUGCAGCACAAAUCCUACACACGUACCCCAGUGUUCACGUAGCACUCUGACCUUCCCUCAAGGCACAUGCCGACUUGUAUUAUAUAUUAUAACAAUACGAAAAUGUGUCUUAACUUUUCUGUUAGAUUUUAAGUUACCUGAGUGUAGAAACAAUAAAUGUACAGCAAAUUGAA